CGAAAUACUCAGCAACUGAAAGCUGUCAUGACUGUAGUGAUUGGAUUUGAGGGCAGUGCCAACAAGAUUGGUGUGGGCAUUGUGAGGGAUGGGGAAGUACUCUCAAACCCCAGACGCACCUACAUUACACCCCCUGGUCAAGGGUUCCUGCCUAGUGAGACAGCCAGACAUCACCGCAGUGUCAUCCUAACAGUUCUGAAGGAGGCGCUGGAGGAGGCAGGGCUGAAGCCUGCUGACGUUGAUUGCGUGGCAUACACAAAGGGACCAGGGAUGGGUGCCCCCUUGGUGACGGUGGCUCUGGUGGCACGCACAGUGGCCCAGCUGUGGGGGAAGCCUCUCCUGGGUGUCAACCACUGUAUUGGCCACAUUGAGAUGGGCCGUCUCAUCACUCAAGCCAAUAACCCCACUGUGCUCUAUGUCAGUGGGGGUAACACACAGGUGAUUGCAUACUCUGAGCGGCGCUACAGGAUAUUUGGUGAGACCAUCGACAUUGCAGUGGGCAACUGCCUGGACAGGUUUGCUAGGGUGAUAAAGAUUUCCAAUGAUCCCAGCCCUGGGUACAACAUUGAGCAGAUGGCCAAGAAGGGUACACAGUAUGUGGAGCUUCCAUACACAGUGAAGGGGAUGGAUGUGUCAUUCUCUGGGAUUUUAUCCUAUAUCGAGGAAGCAGCUGGGAAGAUGUUGAAAUGUAAUCAGUGUACAGCAGAAGACCUGUGCUUCUCCCUACAGGAGAUCCUGUUUUCCAUGCUGGUGGAGAUCACAGAGAGGGCCAUGGCUCAUUGCAGCUCCCAGGAAGUGCUCAUCGUUGGAGGCGUUGGCUGUAAUCUGCGUCUGCAGGAGAUGAUGGGAGUCAUGUGCAAGGAGAGAGGUGCAAAGCUCUUUGCUACAGAUGAGAGCUUUUGUAUCGAUAACGGAGCAAUGAUUGCACAGGCUGGCUGGGAGAUGUUCCGGUCCGGUCAGACGACUGAGCUGUCAGACUCUUGGAUCACUCAAAGGUACAGAACAGAUGAAGUGGAGGUGACCUGGAGAGAUUGACAGCUCAUUACCCAACAGCCUGCAACUUGCACCCACCUUCCCUUUACCUGGAUUGUAUGCGUUGUGUCAUGAUGGAGGGAAAGAAUGUAGAAAUAUUCUAUGCCUCACUUCUAUUGUUCUGAACCCCUCAACACAACAGAUUUUAGCCACAUGCAUUAGUAUUUUAGGCCUAGAUUAAAUCCGGAUUGCAGAAAAUCUGCGCUAUGGCGCGAUUGAAAUGAAAAGGCAAUGUUCCCGCAUUUGGAGAAAACAACUUUAUCUUUAGAUUUGUUUUGGCUUUCUCUAGCGCUGGAUUCAAUCCAUAUUGCAGAAGAUCUGCAUAUGCAGGUUUACUGUGAAUGAAGUCUCCGCGAAAGCGGGAACUAUGCCUUUUACAUUUAAAUUGAUCUAUAAUGCAGAUCUUCUGCGAUAUGGAUUUAAUCCAGCCCCUAGUCUACAAUAUAGCCACGUUUAUACCUGGUGUUAACGUUUCCUGAUCUUGUCAACAUUCUGAUUGCGGCCAUAUUUUUGGACAAGUGUAUACAAUUAAAAGUGAUUGUAAUCAGAUCUGACCACCUCCGGAGAGUCAGUAAUGCGUUGUAAUGUAGCUAGAUUUCUUAACUGAACAGAUCUGGAUUAUCAAACCAUUUAAAUCAUCCCUUCUAAAAUCAUUGACAGGUGGCAAUAUUGGCUUAA